AUGUUGUUCAAGACCUCGAUCGUUCUCGUCGGCACUCUCGCCGUUGCCUCGCAGGCAGCCGAACUCGCCAGGGCCAAGUACGAAUCCAACGACUCCCACUCUCUCUUCAAGCGCCAGGACCGAGUUUGCAAGCCGGUUACUCCACCAGUCACCUGCGAACGCUCCUGCGGACCUGGCUUUGAGCAAUGCGUGUUCCCGCUCAUGUGCUAUAACCCUACCGUCGGAGAUUCUUGCUGCUCCAACGGAAAGUACUGCCCCAAGGGCGAAUACUGCACUGAUGGAGGGUGCUGCCCUGAUGGCAUGAGCCUCGAGGAAUGCGGUGCCACCCGCACCCUCAGCGUUGUUCCCCCAGGACAGGGCCAAUCCAGCACGGAGCCGGCUCCCACUGGUGAGCCCACUGGUGAACCCACCGAGACUGUCUCUGAGCCCGAGCCCACCGAAACCGAAACCGACACCGAGCCAACCCCAACUGGCGAACCAACCUCGCGCACCAUCAUCCCAACCGGCACUGGUGGCCCAGGAAACCCCGGCAACAAUGCCACUGUCACCAGCCCAUCUCCACCCCAGCAGACCGACAAUGCUGCUAGCAAGCUCCAGGGCGCUGCUAUGGCCCUUGGGCUCGGUGCCGUCGGACUCGCCGUUGCGUUCUUCUAA